AUAUAAGAAGAAAUGCAUUUGCAACGUUUUCAAUUCAUGAUGCGUAGCAUGUUGAGGGUGCAACAGGUUGCUGCAAUGGCUCAACACCAGCAACAACUACGUAAUUUAUCACUUUAUUGGCAUUUGGCACAAUCACAAAGGACGGCUGGAGCUCCAGGAACAGGAAAAAAGUCAGGUGGUGACCAAAAACCAAAAAAUCCGCCACAAAAGAUUACACUUGUUCAGCACAACCAGGCUCUGAGCAUAACCACCUUGGAGGAAGCUCAGAAGCUGGCCAAGCGGCGAGAGUUGCACCUGUUGCGUCUGGACCAAACGGACACCAAAACCGGGCGCGCCAUGUUUAAACUUGUCACGUCUGCGGAAAUGUUAGCCGAUGAUAGGGGUGCAACGAACACAGCUACCGACAAAAUCAACAAAAAGUCUGAGAAGUCACUGACAAUAGGUGCCCGAAUAGCGGAGCAUGAUCUUGAGUCGCGACUCAAGAAUAUUGUGAAGUGGCUGGGCAAGCGACACGAAAUCCGCAUACUCAUCCAGGGCAGUGCUAGCGGAUCUGACGAAAGCAGCGCUGAGCGCAUAGUCAAGGCUAUUGGACAAACCAUUACAGAGCCGCUGGUCAUUGGCAAAAUAGUUCAAAAACGCAGCAAAGGUUCAUAUAUAAAAUUUAGCAUUUUGCCUGUGACUCAGCCAGCCCCAACUACGCCUACCCCCUCCCAGUCGUGACAACUAACGCCAUUGCCUCGGAUAAAUCCCAAUCAUUUCACAGCAAUGGCGUUGCCUCUGUCCAUUGUCAUUAAACGGGGCGCCCAUAACUACUCCACCACGCAAAAUAAUGGGGGACGACGACCCACUGAUCCAACCAAACCUGGAAAGGUGGCGGCCGCAUCAAUUAUUUUUAUAUUUACUAUAAAAUAUGUCUUCUGGAUGCACGCUCUAAUUAAGAAGGAUAGUUGAAUGCUUGAAAAGUUUAGUCUGAUGUAUGCUCAGCAUUUUCGUUAAGAUAAUUUUUAUUUUGUAUUGAAAAGCCAAUUAAUAAACAGCCAGAAAACCUCAA